CACGCGAAGCGCAAGAGAAUCAUUGCGGACCGGUACGCAAACAGUAACGUCCUGCGACCUGUGCCCCUAGGCGGAAUCCAGGAGAGGUCGCAAAAGUUUAUCAACUUGUGCGAGAAGUCAGUGGGCAAGAGCCACGACAUAUUCGUACGUAGACCCUGUUCCCAACACUCUCCAUGCGGCUUCCUGACUGCUCUCACAGAUGAGCCUUCACUCCUACGCCUGUGAUUGCGUUACACACCACUUGUUCCAUCCGUACGGCAGUAACUGCCUCGAGAACGAGGCGGACGAGGAAAUGAUGCACCAGGUCGCCGCUGACGACAGCCUGCAAAAUCGCCUCGUUCAGCACUACAGUCCCGCGCUGCACAAGCUCCUCUCGAGAUUUCUGUACUUCUUCGCCAAGCCCCGCGAGACGCCCCUCGCAGACACCUUUGUCAUCGAGUCCAGCAAGAAGCCCGACCCGGCCGCCUUCACGCUGCUUAGCCGGCUGCACGACAAGGCCGGCCAGGGGCUGGACCAGCUCGACAUGGCGGGCGAAUGCCUCGACCACAUGGCGGCCGGCAUCGACACGACGGGCGACGGGCUGUGCUUCCUUUUGUGGGAGCUCUCGCAGCCGCGGUCCCUGCGGUUCCAGGAAACGCUACGCCGCGAGCUGCGGGAGAACGCCGGGGUCGCAUUCGACAAGUUGCCGUUUCUCGAUGCCAUUGUGCGGGAAGGGUUGCGGUGCUUUCCUGCCAUCCCCAUGUCUUUGCCGCGUUAUGUGCCCCAGGGCGGGCGGGUGAUUGAUGGGUAUGCAAUCCCCGGGAAGACUAUCGUCAGCUGCCAAGCGUAUUCCAUCCACCGCAUCAAUGAAGAAAUCUUCCCGGAGCCGGAUUUGUUCGACCCUGAUCGGUGGAUGGAGCCAACGGGCGACGCGGAGAGGAAGCGGCUAAUGUUUGCGUUUGCCAACGGAGGUCGAGGAUGUGUUGGCAAGCAUCUGGCGCUCGCCGAGAUGAAGACUCUUUUGACGGACAUUUACACCCGUUACACGACGCUUCCUGAGACGUCAAUGACGGAAGAGUCGAUGGCCAUGUCGGACCAACUCAUCUCCUCGCGACCUCUAGGACAAAAAUGUUUGCUACAGUUUGUUCCCGUUGGCGAGAAGCGGGAAUGAUGGGUUUUCGAGGUGGAGGAACGGGAAGGUGUCAAAGUUGUAUAGUGUGUGUUGCAUUUAGCGCGAAUCAUGGAUGGCAUAUCGUAUCUGGGCGUUUCUGCCGGUGUUUGAUCAUUCCGGAACUGGAGCACGAGUAGGUACCGUGUGUGGCAUCUGGGGGUCUGGGGCAGGAAUGCUGAAUCAGUAAAAGACAACGUGCCUCGACAAACGAGACAGCUUGGCAGAUGUGGUUGAACGGACAUGGUACGCCGUAGAGGGCCAAUACCAAGUCAAAAUCAUGCCAAAAAAGAUUUCGUGGUGAUUCGGUUCGUUGCUGUGAGGCGUGCCUGUGUGGCCCUGCUUGGGGAAACCACACACGUUUACGUGGACAAGCCAGGCUUUCCGCUGCCAACUGCCCUGCUUUUGAAUACCAAGCUUGGCUCAACGCGUUCAGUCGAGAGAUGACUUGCAUGGCAAUGACUGGCUCGGCUUUGGUAGCCGGCGUUAGGCGAG